ACAAACGUCACUUUGAGUAGAACAACGUAAACACUAUUAAGCACGUUCAUAUUAUCCGUGACUUUCAUCUUCUUUCUUUAAUUCAAAAUUUACAUUCUUUCUAAAGGUUCCCUAACAAUCCUAGUAAAGUUAAUAUGGUUACUCAGGAGGAAAUAAAGGCCAUCGGUGCAGUACUAAAUAGUAAAGAACGUCCACUGAAAGAACGUUUUCGUGCAUUAUUUACACUAAAAAAUCUUGGAGGCGCUACAGCAAUAGAAGAAAUCAGUCGGGGAUUCACAGAUGACUCAGCGCUGUUAAAGCAUGAGCUAGCGUAUUGUCUUGGACAAAUGCAAGAUAAAAAAGCUAUAAAUAUUUUAACAAAAGUUCUCGCUGAUACAACACAAGAACCGAUGGUUCGCCAUGAAGCCGGUGAAGCACUUGGCGCUAUCAGUGCACCUGAAGUUAUACCGAUAUUGGAGCAGUACAAAGAGGACCCUGUAGUAGAAGUAGCAGAAACAUGUUUAAUUGCACUAGAACGUGUUUGCUGGCAUCAGAGCGGACAAAAAGUAGAUGAUAGCAAUCCCUAUUCAUCCGUCGAUCCCUCACCCCCUACGGCUGGUGACAAAACAGUUGAAGAACUAAAAACAAUCUACUUAGAUCCAAAGCAUAGUUUGUUUGAUCGCUACCGCGCUAUGUUCAGCCUUCGAAAUCUACGAACCCCUGAAAGUGUUUUAGCCAUCGCAGAAGGCUUGAAAGACUCUUCAGCACUAUUUCGGCACGAGGUAGCAUUUGUAUUGGGUCAAAUACAAGAACCUUGCAGUAUUCCUUAUCUUAAGGAGAAUUUGGAAGACCGAAACGAAAAUGAAAUGGUACGUCACGAGUGUGCCGAAGCUUUGGGGGCAAUUGCUACAGAAGAAUGUAUUAAUAUUCUAAACCGCUUCGCAGAGGAUGAACAACGCGUUGUAAAGGAGAGUUGUGAGAUAGCAUUGGAUAUGUGCGAGUAUGAGAACAGUCCGGAAUUCCAGUAUGCAGAUGGUUUAGCAAAAAUGAGUGCCUAAGUUAAAUAUGUAAAGAGUAUGUGAUAUGGAGUGAAAUAUUCAUCUGCUUGUUGAUUAUAUUUUUUUAAUAUAUGUUUCUGUGCUGUGCAAAAUAAAAUACAGUUUCACUAAGUAAA